UCUGCGAUUUGAAUAAGUUAACGUAGACAAUGGCAGGCCCGGAACAGUCGCAACAACAGAAGCAGGUAGAGAAAGCAGAGCAGAUAGAUGAUGCAGAGUUGGCGCUUCAAGGGAUUAAUAUGCUCCUGAACAACGGAUUCAAAGAAAGCGAUGAGCUUUUUAAGAGAUACAGGAACCACAGUCCGCUGAUGAGCUUUGGUGCCAGUUUUGUCAGCUUCCUGAAUGCCAUGAUGACGUUUGAGGAGGAGAAAAUGCAGAUGGCGUGUGAUGACCUGAAGACGACCGAGAAACUGUGUGAGAGUGACAACGUUGGUGUCAUCGAGACCAUCCGUAACAAGAUCAAAAAGAGCAUGGACUCUCAGAGGUCUGGAGUGGAGGUGGUGGAUCGUCUGCAGAGACAGAUCAUUGUCGCUGACUGUCAGGUCUACCUCGCUGUGCUCUCCUUCGUCAAGCAGGAGCUCUCAGCAUACAUUAAGGGAGGCUGGAUCCUCCGUAAGGCCUGGAAGAUGUACAACAAGUGCUACAGUGACAUCAGCCAAUUACAAGAGGCCUCCCGAAGACGGUCAUCUGUCAGUCAGGAGGUGCCGCCCGCGGACCAAGCCAACCACAAUGCUCACGUCGUCGAGAGCAACGGGUUGUCGGACGAGGCCUUGGACCGUCUGAAGGGUUCCGUCAGCUUUGGCUACGGCCUCUUUCACCUCUGCAUCUCCAUGGUGCCCCCACACCUGCUCAAGAUAGUCAACCUACUGGGUUUCCCUGGCGACCGUCACCAAGGCUUGGCUUCACUGGCUUUCACCAGCGAGAGCAAGGACAUGAAGGCUCCUCUGGCCACGUUGGCCCUCUUGUGGUACCACACGGUAGUGCAGCCUUUCUUUGCUUUGGAUGGUACUGAUUCGCAGGCUGGGCUAAUGGAAGCCAAAGCUAUUCUGCAGAGAAAGGCCAUGGUUUACCCCAAUUCCUCUCUCUUCAUCUUCUUCAAAGGACGGGUGCAAAGGUUAGAGUGUCAGAUAAACAGUGCACUGGCCUCAUUCCAUGAUGCACUGGAAUUUGCAUCAGACCAAAGAGAGAUCCAGCAUAUUUGCCUGUAUGAGAUUGGCUGGUGCAGUAUGAUCGAGAUGAGCUUUGAGGAUGCGUACAAGUCAUUUGAAAGGUUGAAGAACGAAUCUCGAUGGUCCCAGUGCUAUUAUGCCUACCUGACUGGAGUUUGUCAGGGGGCCUCCGGUGAUCUUGAGGGGGCCAUGGCGAUUUUCAGAGAUGUACAGAAGCUCUUCAAACGGAAGAACAAUCAGAUUGAGCAGUUUGCUCUCAAAAAGGCAGAGAGACUGAGGAAACUGUCUCCCUCCCGUGAGCUGUGUAUCCUGGGCGUUGUUGAGGUGCUGUACCUGUGGAAAGCUCUUCCUAACUGCUCCCCCUCCAAACUUCAGCUCAUGAUCCAAGUUCUUCAGAGUCUGGAAGAUCCAUCAAGUCAGGGCUUGAAACACCUGCUUCUCGGUGCUAUUCAGAAAUGCCUGGGAAACAGUAAAGAUGCAGUCCAGUCCUUCCAAAUGGCAGCUAGAGAUGAGUACGGGCGACAAAACAACUCCUACGUGCAGCCGUACUCUUGCUACGAGCUUGGCUGUGUUUUGCUGGCCAAACCUGAGAUGGUGGGUAAAGGGAGAUCAUUACUACUUCAAGCAAAGGAAAAUUAUGCAGGCUACGACUUUGAGAACAGACUGCAUGUGCGUAUUCACUCUGCACUGGCCUCUCUGAAGGAUGUGGUGCCUCACUGACCCUUCCUUAUGCCGGGAGGAGAUCCCUCACUGACCGCAGCCUCCCCCCUCCCAUGCCUGUCCAGCACUUUUUGAAAGAAAAGCCAUUUUAAAUAACAGCGUUUCAACUUUUGGAAAUAACACGCUUUUUUGACACAAAUUUCUAAAGAAUAAUUUUACAAGAUCUACUGAAAAAAGGUAGUG